CCGUCUGACAAAGGCCCGUAGUAAAGAGGCGGAUAUUUCAUUUGGCGGGAGUUCCCAUUCCUGUUUCUGCAAAAUUAGGGCAAGCCUUCCGCCCUUACAAUCACUCUUUACUCAUCCCCUCCUCAGAAAUUUCCAUCCCCAAUUCUAUUUCUUUUCCCAUCUUACCCAAACCCUAGCUCAUGGAUGACGCACCCCAAGAUCCCGAAUCUUCUCGUCCUCGCCCUAAAAGGGGCAGGCCUCGCAUUCACCCCCGAGAAACAAGUGACGAAGGUCCCCCCAAUCAGGCGGAGCGAGAGGCAUCUCCCGACGAUGUCGGUGAGGUCCGUCCUAAAGCUAAACGGAGCCGAGAUUCGGAGGCGCAAAAGUCCGACCAAACCUUGAUUGAGGUUAUCAAAGGUAAUGGGAAACAGAUUCCCCAAGUGGUAAAGCUUUGGGUCGAGCACUAUGAAAAGGAUCCAAAACCUGCAAUGGUUGAACUCUUGACCAUGCUGUUUGAGGCAUGUGGAGCUAAAUUUUAUAUCAAGGAAGAGUUGCUUGAUGAGACUGAUGUUGAUGAUGUUGUCGUUGCUCUUGUCAAUCUUGCCAGAAAAGGGGAAGUUGAAGAUUAUCAAAGCUCGAAGAGGAAGGAGUUCAAGAACUUCAAAGAGAACCUUGUCUCAUUUUGGGACAAUAUGGUAGUCGAGUCCCAUAGUGGACCCUUAUUUGAUAAGGUUUUGUUUGAUAAAUGCAUGGAUUACAUAAUAGCAUUGUCAUGCACUCCUCCAAGAGUUUACCGUCAGAUUGCUUCCUUGAUGGGUCUUCAACUUGUAACAUCAUUCAUAACAGUUACAAAAACACUUGGAACACAGAGAGAAACUACUCAGAGGCAGCUAAAUGCUGAAAAGAAGAAACGAGUAGAAGGACCUCGUCUAGAAUCACUAAAUAAAAGGUUAUCUACAACCCAUGAAAAGAUAGUUGUGUUGGAGGACAUGAUGCGCAAAAUAUUUACUGGGUUAUUUGUGCAUCGAUAUCGAGAUAUUGAUCCUAAUAUUCGAAUAUCAUGCAUAGAGUCACUUGGAGUGUGGAUUUUGUCAUAUCCAUCACUUUUCCUGCAGGAUUUGUACUUGAAGUACCUUGGAUGGACGUUAAAUGAUAAAAGUGCUGGUGUAAGAAAAGCAUCUAUCCUUGCACUGCAAAAUCUUUAUGAUGUGGAUGAUAAUGUGCCCACUCUUUCUCUAUUCACUGAACGAUUUUCCAACCGCAUGAUUGAGCUUGCUGAUGACAUUGAUGUCUCUGUUGCUGUAUGCUCCAUUGGACUUGUAAAACAAUUACUAAGGCAUCAGCUUCUACCUGAUGAUGACUUGGGUCCUUUAUAUGAUUUACUCAUUGAUGAUCCAGCAGACAUCAGGCGUGCAAUAGGAGAAUUGGUGUAUGAUCACUUGAUUGCUCAAAAGUUUAAUAGCUCUCAAUCUGGCAGUAGAGGCAAUGACAAUGGUUCUUCUGAGGUUCAUCUCAGCAGAAUGUUGCAAAUUUUAAGGGAGUUUUCAACAGAUCCAAUCCUCUGUAUCUAUGUUAUUGAUGAUGUUUGGGAGUAUAUGAAAGCAAUGAAGGAUUGGAAGUGCAUUAUUUCCAUGCUCUUGGAUGAGAAUCCAAUGGUGGAGCUUACAGAUGAUGAUGCAACAAAUUUGGUUAGACUUCUUUUUGCAUCUGUCCAGAAGGCUGUUGGAGAAAGGAUUGUUCCAGCUUCUGAUAAUCGAAAGCAAUAUUAUAAUAAAGCUCAGAAGGAAAUAUUUGAAAGCAAUAGAAGAGAUGUUACAAUUGCCAUGAUGAAGAACUACCCUCUGAUUUUACGAAAAUUCAUGGCUGACAAAGCAAAAGUACCAUCACUAGUUGAGAUCAUCAUACAUACGAAUCUAGAGCUUUAUUCCCUAAAGAGACAGGAACAGAAUUUCAAAAAUGUCCUUCAGCUCAUGAAAGAAGCAUUUUUUAAACAUGGUGAGAAGGAAGCAUUGAGAUCUUGUGUGAAGGCUAUUAAGUUUUGUACCACUGAGAGUCAAGGGGAGCUAAAAGAUUUUGCCUGUAAUAUACUUAAAAAUCUGGAGGACGAGCUAAUUGCUAAGCUUAGAUCUGCAAUGAAAGAAUCAGUGGAUGGUGAUGAAUAUUCUCUUCUUGUAAAUUUGAAAAGGUUAUAUGAGCUUCAGUUAUCAAGGGCCGUGCCAAUUGAGAGUUUAUAUGAUGAUAUCGUUAGGAAUCUCCACAAUUUCAGAAACGUGGAUGAUGAGGUUGUCAGUUUUCUGCUUCUCAAUAUGUAUUUGCAUGUAGCAUGGACUCUUCAGUCUAUUGUUACUAGCGAAACUGUCUGUGAAGCACAGUUAUCCUCCCUACUUUCAAAACGCAAUAUCUUGUUUGAGGAACUUGAAUACUUCCUUCCUACCCUUUCUGAAGAACAGAGAGUUAGUAAAUACCCUAAUCAGCUAGCUUGCAGAGUUUGUAUUAUACUUGCAGAGGUAUGGUGCUUGUUCAGGCAAACAAAUUUUUCUUCCACGAAGCUGGAAAGGUUAGGAUAUUGUUCGGAUACAUCUGUUGUUAAAAGAUUCUGGAGUCUUUGUGAACAGCAACUCAAAAUUUCAGUUGAAACGGAAGAUGAAGACUUGAAUAGAGAGUACAUUGAGGAGACCAAUAGAGAUGCAGUUAUGAUAGCUGCGGCGAAGUUGGUUGCUACAGAUACAGUUUCCAAGGAAUCUCUAGCUCCAGAGAUAAUUUCUCAUUUCGUGAUGCAUGGAACAAGUGUAGCAGAGAUUGUUAAGCAUCUGAUCACUGUUUUAAAGAAAAAAGACGAUGAUAUUUCCAAUAUCUUUUUAGAAGCAUUGAAAAGGGCUCAUCAUUGGCAUUUGGAGGAACUUUCUAGAAGCAAUGACGGGGCCUUCACAGGAAAAUCUUUCCAGGAGUGCAAGGACCUGGCUGCUCGACUUUCUGGAAUGUUCAUGGGUGCUGCCCGGAACAAGCAUAGGGAAGCCAUCUUAAAAAUUGUAAAGGAAGGUAUUGAAUAUGCUUUCAUUGAAGCUCCAACACAGCUGUCUUUUCUCGAAAGUGCAGUGCUUCCUUUUGUAUCCAAACUUCCAACAUUUGAUGUCCUGGAAGUUAGUCUAAAAGAUGUCCAAAGCCGAACAGUGAAUGUAAACACUGAUGAAGAUCCCAGUGGUUGGCGCCCCUACUAUACAUUUGUGGAGAACUUACGAGAAAAGUAUGCGAAGAAUGAAGGUUUGCCAGAAGAAAGAGAUGGGACUGCUGUAAGACGCAGGGGUCGUCCAAGGAAGCGACAAAACAUAGAAGGAAAGAGACUCUUCGAUGAACACAGUUCAAGUGAAGAGGAAGAUUCAAUCAGUGGAUCUGAUCAUGAAGAUGCGCAGGAGGAAGAGAAGCAAGAUGAGGAGGAAGAAGAAGAGACUCCUUUGAUACACUCGCUGAGGUCAUCCAAAUUGAGAUCAUUAAAGGUUUCAAAAGAUGCAAGGGCAGGAGUUUCUGCUUCUAAAACAUCAGGGGCUUCAAACUAGUAAUUGCCAUUGCCCAAGUUAUAUUGUAUAUUGAAGGCACAACUCAUGAGGAGAUAGGACUUAUUACAUCUUGGACUUCUUCCCCCAUCUGUUUGACGCUAGGGUUGGGGUCAUCGUUGUAUUGGAUUCAACGAAAGAUCUGUGAGAAUACGAUUACUAGGUGUGCCUGUUCAUGGAUGCAAAUAUACCGAAUGGCUGCUCAAAGCACAUCUCAAAUCCAGACCAGAGUGGUGGAGAUACCAUGUAAAUUGUAAAAUGUAGCUGCACGGGUGGUAUGUCUGGCCGCUCACAGUAAUCAUGGUUGUUUUCUUUUUGUGGUCAAUAACCAUGGUUUGGUGAUUGAAAUGCAGGCACAUAUCAACUAAUUGGUAAAUCACGGAGUAACAGCGUGUUUAUCGGGUCUAACUUAUGUUGCAUGUGUGAUAAAGUUAGUUGUAUCGGAUGUUUCUUUAGUUUAUAUAUAUCUCAUAUUUGAAACCAA